AUGAACAUUACACCGAGGCCAGACUUCUCUCACUCUGGACAGUGGGAUGUAGAGACAGAGUCCAGAGAUGGUCGGAGAGAGAAGCAGGUGUUUGAUGCUGUGAUGGUUUGCACCGGACACCACUGUCACCCUCAUCUCCCUCUACAGGACUUUCCAGGAAUAAACACUUUUAAGGGGAAAUUCUUCCACAGCCGUGAUUACAAAAGCCCUGAAGAAUGGCGAGGAAAGAGGGUAGUUGUGAUUGGCAUUGGAAACUCUGGAGGAGAUAUUGCUGUGGAGCUGAGCAGAAUGGCCAAACAGGUUUAUCUGAGCACUCGAAGAGGAUCGUGGAUAUUGAAUCGUGUAGGAGACAAAGGUGUUCCUUUUGAUAUGAUGUUUAAUAACAGAGGGCUAAUGCUGUUUAUUAAAUGGUUACUACCUGGAUUUCGUAACAAACUGAGAGAGAAACAACUCAAUAAACGGUUCGACCACAAGCUCUAUGGGCUGCAGCCUGUGCACAGAGUUUUCAGCCAACAUCCCACGGUCAAUGAUGACUUACCAAACCGCAUCCUCUCCGGUACCGUCUCAGUCAAGCCAAAUGUUCAAGAGUUUCGUGGAUCAAGUGUGGUGUUUGAGGAUGGCACUGUUGAGGAUGACAUUGAUCUGGUGGUGUUUGCCACAGGCUACACUUUCUCAUUCCCCUUCCUGUCUUCACAUGUAAUUCCUGUCUCAAAUAACAAAGCAUCCCUGUACAAAUACGUAUAUCCUCCAGAACUGGAGCGGCCAACUUUAGCCGUGAUUGGUCUGAUCCAGCCCCUGGGAGCCAUUAUGCCCAUCUCUGAGAUGCAGGCGCGCUGGGCCACUCGUGUUUUUAAAGGACUAAACCAUCUUCCUUCAGCUGAAAAAAUGGAUAAAAUAAUUGAGAAAGACAUACAAGCGAAUUUGAAAGGUUACUGUCCCAAAGUGGCUGCCCUUCAAGUGGACCACAUCCCUUACCUAGACACAAUAGCAAAGGAAAUAGGUGUCCGUCCCAACAUUGCUUUGCUUCUCCUGAGGGACCCUGCUGUUGGUUUGAGGGUUUUCUUCGGGCCCUGUACUCCCUACCAGUAUCGACUGAGUGGACCGGGGCACUGGAGAGGUGCCCGUCAGGCCAUCCUUACCCAAUGGGAUCGUGUGGCCAAACCCAUGAAGACACGGCCCAUUCCAGAGCCCUCAUCCUCCAUCUUAUUUUUUUGGCUGGGCCUGUCAGGAGGAGCUGGAGUGAUUUUUGCUUUAAUGGCAAUGCAGAAAAAGGUCCCACUGUUCCUGAAUAUCUAUUAGAUCCCACAGAUAUCCCAAAUUCGAUUUUUGCAUAGCUGAUUGUGUUUUGUAAUCAAAUUUUUGUUAAAUCCUUGUCAAACACUGUUGUCAAACAAGUGUAUUUUUUUUGUUCUUAAAUUUAUCUCAUAGCAAGCAUUCUGUUUCAGCAUUUUCAUCACUUAAUAUAAAUGUUAAAAAUAUGUGGAGAAGCCUGAGUCUGCUAGGAUUGACAUUUUGUGUUUGGUGGUAUUAUCAUCAACUUGUCUA